CCGGCAGAGGGAGGCAGAGCCCGCCCCCUCUCCUCCCAUUGGGCUGGGAGAGGAGUGCGGGCUGGAGCGCGAGCGCUGCGUGUUCUUGGCAGACUCGCGGGCUGCGAACCGGCUUCACUCGUGGUUUGAAGCUCCAGCGGGACCUUAGUUAUCGAGGCGGGCUGAGGCACCGCAAUCCUCCCGGACGGUUACACCUGGACACAGUGCGUCUUCCCCUCGUCUACCUGCUCGCGCGCGUCCGCGUCAGGAAGCCCAUGGAGGGGCGUCACGAUGCUGUGCUCAAGGAGAACAAAAACUUUGGUGUCGACCUGCGUGAUCCUGAGCGGGAUGACCAACAUCGUGUGUCUGCUGUACGUGGGCUGGAUCACCAACUAUGUGACCACCGGGGGCCCCAAAGGGGCGCAGAGCGGCGGCGGCGACACGGACCGAAAGUUGGAGGAGGACGGUAAAGGGGAGACGCUGAGGAUCAUGGAGAGGCUGGACCGGCUGGAGAGCGUGGUCAACGAGCACAUCAAAGAGACCCCUCAGAAGGACAGGGAAGAAGCUGUGUCCUCGUCAGCCUCCGCCUCCUCCUCCUCACUGUUCGACCACUGGGGUCACGACCUGGGCCCUGAAAGUCGAAGGGUCGCCCUCAGGAAGUUCCGUUACUAUGGUUACAAUGGCUACCUUAGCGACCGUAUCUCCCUCAACCGGCCAAUUCCGGAUUUACGACCGGACGGGUGCCGAAACAUGUCCUAUUCAUCAGAUCUUCCUCAGCUCAGUGUCAUCUUCAUCUUUGUUAAUGAGGCCUUGUCAGUGUUGCUGCGCUCUGUCCACACAGCUAUCCAGAGGACUCCAUUACAUCUGCUCAAAGAGAUCAUUCUGGUAGAUGACCACAGCAGCAGCCUGGAGCUGAAAGAGCACCUGCAGAGAUUUGUAGAGGAGACCAACAAUCAGUACGGCAUGGGAUUCGUCAAGGUGGUUCGCCAUGACAAGCAGGAAGGGCUGAUCAGAUCCAGGGUCAGCGGAUGGAGGGCCGCAUCGGCUCCUGUCGUCGCUCUGUUCGAUGCUCAUGUGGAGUUCAACACUGGAUGGGCAGAACCCAUACUGCAGCGGAUAAAGGAGAACCGGACCCGUGUGGUGUCUCCAUCUUUUGACAACAUCAAGUAUGACACCUUUGAGAUUGAGGAGUAUCCGCUGUCUGCUCAGGGCUUCGACUGGGAGCUUUGGUGUCGAUACCUCAACCCACCAAGGUCUUGGUGGAGCCAACACAACCAUACAGCCCCUAUCAGGAGCCCUGCUUUGAUUGGCUGCUUUGUGGUCGAUAGGAAGUACUUUGAGGAGAUUGGCCUGUUGGAUGAAGGCAUGGAAAUAUACGGUGGAGAAAACGUGGAGCUCGGCAUCAGGGUGUGGCAGUGUGGUGGCAGUGUGGAGGUCCUACCCUGCUCCAGGAUUGCCCACAUUGAGCGCGCCCACAAACCCUACACAGGGAACCUGUCGGCCCACGUGCGGCGUAACGCUCUGAGGGUGGCCGAGGUCUGGAUGGACCAGUACAAAAGCCACGUCUACAUGGCCUGGAAUGUUCCACUGCAGAGGUCAGGAAUAGACAUUGGGGACAUCACUGAGAGAAAAGCCCUGCGAUCCAGACUCCAGUGCCGACCGUUCAGCUGGUUCCUGUCCAACAUCUACCCUGAGCUCCGAUCCUACAGCAACACAGUGGCUUACGGAGUGUUGAAGAACAACCUGAGAGACAAUCUGUGUUUGGACCAAGGACCUGACACUGACAAUGUCCCCAUCAUGUACCAAUGUCAUGGUAUGACACCACAGCAGAAUGUGUACUACACCAGCUCUCAGCAGCUUCAUCUGGGAGUGCUGAGUCCGACCAUUGACGAUGACGACAACAAAUGUCUUGUGGAUGUGAACAGCAAACCCAGGCUGCUGGAGUGCAGCUACGCAGCUACCAAGCACAUGAAGCUCACCUGGACCUUCACUCAGGGUGGCUCCAUCCAGAACAUGGAGUCUCUAUGUUGUCUGGAGCUGAUCGAGAGCAGACAGUCCGAGUUCAGUUUGGUCAUUCAGGACUGCACCGAUCAGAAAUGGACCAUCACCAACAUCCUGACUGUCCUGCCACAGUGAACAGUGUGCGAUGUGUCAGCUACUGGGGCCCCUUUGUUGUGAUGGACUAAUCUACAGUAGUAAGCAAGGAACCGCCUUGCUGAUCUGGAUACACCACCAACCGCCACAGAGACAGAGCUGUGCUUCAAACAGACAUGUACUAUCAUUAAGCUAGUAACUGGUUUCUAAUAGUGAGCUGAGAGAAGAGACACUCACAGAUCUUAACUACAGAAAUACAGCAACCCUUUAAGAAAGGGCCUGCACUGCCUCAUCGCACUGUAACAAAGAGUGUGCAUCAUGUUUCAAUAUGUCAGUGUGCAAAGGGACAAAUGCAAGGAAAUGCAAGGAGUGCACACUUUGCAGACAACUCAAGCACUUUGACUAAAUGAUGUGGAGGACACGGCCUCAGAGUUCCAAGCGUCAUACACUACUUGACUUGAGUGCAGGCCAGGAGCUUUAGAUCAGCAUUGCCAAAGGUUGACAAAGUUCAUAGAGAUGAAUCAGUCACUGAUUUACCAGAGCCCACCUUAAUGUUGGCAGGCGCACAUAUGUGGACAGAGCUGGAGAUUAACCAGGGGAGAAGAUGGUAGGUGUACGUGCACCUGUAACACCAGAACAUAACCCAACUUUGAAACUGGAAGCUAAAAAUCCUUCCAUCAAACCAGACAAAGCGCCCUCAGCAGAGGGAAAGCCUCUUAUAUUACAAAUAAGAAGUUCACCCUACUAGAUGUUCCCUUGUCUUAGUUUAUUUAAACAUACUAUAAAUGUUAAGUUCACCAAUAUAUUGACCUAAUAUGAACUAUGUUCAUUAAAGGAGACAUUUUGUGUUCAUUUUAAGACCCUUACUUGUAUUUCGGGUUUCCAACUUAACAUGUUCAAUGCGUUGAUGUUAAAAAGCAUAUUAUUUGUCUCGUAUUGUCUGUGUGACUAUCCCUGUAUUCGUUAUACUGUGCAGCCGACUACAGGUGGUAGGGUUGAGUGCUUCGGCCUGGUGGGUGUGGGGGGAGGAGGGGAAUGAUAUGAAAGGGAGACUCCUGCUUGAUCUGAUGAUGUCACCAAACCAUGGAAACUUGUGUUUUCUCCAGCGAUGGGGGUUGGUAGAUGUGGUUGUCAUUGUGACGGACAAAUGGUUCUCAAUUGUCUUAUCUAGUUCAUUCAUGUAAAACCAAAUGUAUAACACUAGAUCCUAGAUACAGAUUAUGUAACUAGUUAAGACGUGUCAAAGCCAUUGUAAAGAGUAACAAACAUUUUUGUCCUUGCCCCAAUUCCUGAACAUGAUAUCACUUCUACACAUGCUAAGAGCUCAACUCGCUUCUUUUAAGUUAUGUGGAUUUAUCAACCAAUAACUGGAAAUAUUGGAUAAUCUGGAUUGUGUAAUCACACAGCAGGCUAGUCAUUUUAUAAAGAAGCUGUGAUUUACCCCCAAGGAGCACAGGGCUCAUUAGCAAAGCAAACUGACUUUUGUCAGUCACUGCCUUCACCUGUACACCCCCCUGCCUCUGAUCAUCAGGACUACACAGACUCCUGCCCCCUCGACACACAUUGAUUGUUCUGAGGUUUUCCACACCAGGCUCUCCACCAGACUGAUCUCCCAUUACUGACCCUGCCUGCACCUGUUCUUCCCGCCUUGCUGACUCAGCGUUCUGAUCCUGACUGUUUAACUCUGCUUGAGUGUAAUAAAAGCCAAAGAUCCCUGGAACCUGGUGUGUUGCAUUUGGGUCAAUAGACAACCAGUUACAGGACCCCUAUGUCACAGGGUAUGGUGGUGGACCCACACACAGACCAGAGAGUGCGGGGAGUAGGUGGGUGAUGGAGGCGUAUCCAUAGACCACUGCAGGCUAGAAAGCAGCAGUCUGACUGCCAUCAGGUAUCGGGAUGACAUCCUCGAACCCAUGGUCAGACCCCACGCUGGUGCAGUAUGUCCUGGGUUCCUCCUGAUGCACGACAGAGCCUCAUGUGGCAAAAGAAUGCACGCAGUACCUGGAGGAUGAAGGAGUUAGAUACCAUUGAAUGGCCUUCACGAUCGCCUGACCUAAACCCGAUUGAACACUUAUUUUGGCAAAAUACAAGCCUGCCAAAUUUGUUUUUUGUAAACUUAUCAGAGUGUCCAUAAAAUGAAGCCCUCUGUAGGCUGAAACUCUUUACUUCCAUCAGAAAGUGUAGCGUCCUUUUGUUCCUAAGACAUUACACUGUCCAUCAGUAUAGAUAUCCAAAACCUAUUUUUCCACAUUGAGAUUCUUUUGAGCAGUGUAAAUAUUCCGAAUAGAUCUUGCUGAGCAGCCUCGAAGAUGGUGUGUGCCACUGAGAGCUGUACAACGACCUGGCCAAGAGUGGAUGAGAAACCAGGGUAGUUCGCUGUGGACUGAUGAUUAGAUGGAAGGCAGCUCGGUAGAUCAGGCAGGUGUAGUCAGGUUGAGGAUGAGGUGUAGUCAGGUUGAAGGAACACACACUGUUGCUUUGGGAUGAAAGGGGUCCCGUUCUGGAGCACAGAACCUUAUUUUGAUACGCCACAUAACACAUAUCACUGUUAACAGAGCGACUUUCGGCUUCAAAUGACCAUGGGCAGGUACACCCUUGUUUCUUUUACAAUGAUAAAUAACAUUUCAGCUGCACUCUGAAGUACCAUCUACUAUCACAAAAUGUCCCUUUUCAAUUUGACUGAUGUCUAAUAUGAAAGACUCCAUAUCUGUGAUUAUUAAAUGUCUAAUAUAGAAAGAAUAGAAUAUAUUAUACACACAUGAACUUUCACAGCUUUGGAAAUCUUUAAAAACCACAAUAUCCUGUGAUAUGACACACACAGGUCCAUUGAUACGUGUCAGAUCUGACUGUUCACACUUUUAAUUGGUCUUGCCUCUUCAGAAGCUGCCUUUUGGGGGGUAAAAGAUGAGAUGUUGAAGCCAUCCAGAAUGCACAAGGAGUUCGGGAGAAGACCUCCGAGUGAGGUGAAGGUUCAUCCUCUGAAGGGCAUCUCUCAUGUGAUCGCA